GGGAUUGAAAUCCAAAACCCUAAACUAACUCCAAUCCACACUUGCCGGCAUGGCCCUCAAGCGCUCGGCCGCCGCCGCCAGCCUGGGGUCGGCGUCCGACGCCUCCGACGGCGAAGCGGGCGCGGCCCGCAACAGCCACCGCCGCCGAGUCUCCCCGUCCCGCUCCCGAUCCGAGUCCCCUCGGCCCAACCUCGGCCCUAGCGCCGCCGCUUCCGACACCAACCGUGAGCGUUCCCCCCGCGACCACCUCGACUCCGAUGCGGACUCCGACGCCGACGCCGGCGCCGGCGCCGGCCGCGGCGCCCGUUCCUCGAGGCUUCUCGGCGAACGUUCCCCGAGCUUCCACUCCAACUCGGACGCUGACGUCGCCGGGCGCUCUCCGUCGCCGAGGCGCAACCGCGAGCGCACCCUUCACCUCCACUCUGACUCCGACUCCGACAACUCCACCACGGCCGCGGCCGCCGCCUCCGAUGACGCCGGCGACGCCUCGCCUUUGGCUAUUGCGCACCGUGCCUCGCACAUCGGGACCUCCAACGUCAAACCCGUCAGCACGCGCCCGAUGGAUGUGCCCUCGCGCGCCGCCGCGGGAUCUUCCCAACGUCGUUCCAAGCGCCGCCCCAGCCCCCACUCCCCGGAGCACCAGAAGCGGCCGCCCCGGGUUUGGAGUCCUGAAGACGAGGUGACCAUACUGAGUGCUCUCAUUGAGUUCCGUGCCAAAAAAGGUCGGCUUCCUGCGUCCAUUCAGGACACGAGCAAGGUACACAGCCAGAUUAUUCAUCAACUCACUGCUAAUGCUUCUACGGCUCAGCUUAGUGAUAAGGUCAGGCGCCUCAAGCACAAGUACAAGUUGCUGCUCACUCGUUCAAAGAAUGGACGGGAUCCUGAUUUGCCAACCAAACAUGAUCGCGAUGUCUAUCAACUUAGCAAGAAAGUUUGGGGAUUGAAAAGUCUACUACUAGUACGAGGAUCUCGUGUGUCACACGAGGACACUGAAGAUGCAGAAGAGAGCAAUGAAGAGCAGGAGAUAGAGGAGAGUGAUGAGGAUAUAGAAAAUGGAUGGGGACUCCGUGGUCGCACAGGCAAGAAACCAAGGGCAUUGACAUUUGAAAAUGGCAAUGGUAAUGCAAUUGUCACUGCAGGUAGGGCUUGCCAUGGUGAUGGCAGUGGGAGAGAUGAUGCUGAGAAGGGAAAACAAAUGUACCCAUACCUGUGGGAGGCUGUUGAGGAGCUUUCGAAGGAGCAUCCGAGUGGACCUAUAUUCAGGAAGGCAUUUGGUGUACUUGAAAAAUCAAAGGCAGGAGCGGUGGAGGAGAAGCUCAGGAAGUUCAGAAUGUUAGAGAUCAGGCAGCAGCUGCGUCGGAUGGACCUGAUGAAGGAGACAGUGGGGUUGGUGCUUGAUGCUCUGGAGGGUGCAUAUUGAUGUGCUGGUGGUUUUGGAUUGUGUCCGGUAUUGGUAAGGUGUUGCUCAAAAAGGGCGACCUAAGUCUUCCAGUUGCCUGGAAUUGCAGUGUUAUGGACAUAUGGUUGGGUGUGUCUAAUUUUGUUGUGAAGGAUAUGAUAUGUCUUUGACCCCAACUAGACCUAGAUCAAGGAGUUAUGACGGCUGCUUGUUGUCGUUCCUGAAAUAUUUAUGCUCUAUGUGCUUAGGUGCUAACUUAUGUCUAUUUGUCAUGCCAUCCCUAUGUUUCUGCUUAAUGUUAGUUACUUCAUUGGCUUAAUUAUCUGUUUCUAUUUUCCAUUUACUGCAUCUGUAAAUAUGAACAU